AUGCAAACACCUCCCUCUCCAAACCAAGACGGCAUUGUUCUUGACGCGCAGGUCUCGAUGCGUCGCGACUACCCCCAGGAUGACUUCGACUACACGGCGCCUGUCGACCACCAGCUACCCACUGGUCAUGGCCUGUGGCAGGUGCCCGGCGGUCUGCCCCUGACCGCUUGCUUCGAUGCACAAACCCCACAACCAGCCUUCGAACUCUCAUUGAACGGCUCAGUUUUGCCAGUAUACGGUACUGCUAUUUCGCACCCCAGCUGGGACCCCUCAAUAGGCGGUGGCUCGCCGGGUUUCGGUCCAUAUCCUUCAGCGGUCUGGCCAUUGACCCCGGCCGACACGAUGAACCACAACCCAUGGAGCCCGACGGACCAGCCGCUACCAUCACCGCUCUCCGAGGCCCCAUCCUUUGUCUCCUCGCACAGCCCAAUGGGAGAGGAUUAUUUUAACGCCAGCCCCCGAGGCUCCAUUUCUAUCCUUCGCAGCGGAACCAACUCGCCAGCCACGACGCCCGCGGCUACAUAUCCAACGACGGCAAGCUCCAGCACGAAGGAUAAAGCCAGCAAUGCCAACAUGAAGAAAAAGUCUCACUUACCCCCCAAACGCUCCGCCGAAUCAUGCACCGCUUCUCUUCCCACCCGACCUCGCACGCUCAAGCGUCACCGUUCCGAUACCCCUUCAAUCGCUUCGAUCUCCACCGACCGCAUGACUGGUAGCAUGUGUGCGACCAUCGCUACCCCUCUUACACCCACCGCCACCAUUGGUGCACCGACGCACAUUCCCUUCAGCGGCGUCCUCCCAUCCAACGUUGACCCCCGUGUGGCCUCGGAACAGAUACGGCGUGAGGCGUGGGACCGAUGCAAGGCGGAAGCCCACGAGAUGUCGCAGCGCCGCAUGAUGCUGUUGGACCACGAGCGCGGUGCCUUGGACCGUGAGGCCCAGCUGCUACAAGUCAACUUGGGGAAGAUGAGGGAGACGGUGAAGAGGGGGCUGGAGGCCGAUCGAGCGGAAGCCGAGGCAGAGGUUGAUGAAGAAGCAAAGGGGAAAACGGAGACAGGGAAGAGUGAGUUGGGCUGA